AUGGGGUGUCUGCCACUAGUCAUCAUCCUUGGGGCGACACUGGUCCAGGCCGUCACCACUUCCACCACUCUCGAUGAUGUUUGCACCCCUGCAUACGUUCGAUCUAAGUUGCCCGUCGAUAAUGUUUAUCCUGGGAUCACUAUUAGCCACACCAACCUCUCCGCUAACCCUGUCUACAACGUCUCUACUAGCGGCUCUGCGGUAUACCCCGCCACCACGAUCGACUAUUGCAACGUCACCUUGGCCUACUCCCACAAUGGCCGGGAUGACACCGUCCAGAUGCGCUUCUGGUUGCCCUCACCGGACAAAUUUGCCAAUCGCUACCUCUCCACCGGCGGAGCAGACUAUUAUGUUAACCAAGGCACACAGCAGCUCCCCGGAGGUGUGAUGUAUGGAGCUGUUUCUGGCUCAACAGAUGGAGGGUUUGGAGGGUUUGAUGUUGGUGUUGAUGAGAUCCUCCUCCUAGCCAACGGCACGUUGGACUGGCAGAACCUAUAUAUGUUCGGCUAUGAAGCCCACCACGAGCUCGCUACGAUCGGAAAGCGCUUCACACGCAAUUUCUUUAAUAUGACAGUCAACGAGGAAGACCAAAAGCUCUACAGUUACUAUCAGAGCUGCUCUGAGGGCGGCCGCGAAGGAUGGAGCCAGGUUCAGCGCUACGGUGACCAGUUUGAUGGUGCAGUAAUUGGUGCCCCGGCCAUCCGGUACUCUUUCCAAAUGACGAUGCACCUCUGGGCGAAUGUUGUUGAGAAGACGCUCGGGUACUACCCCUCUCAAUGUGAGAUUGAGGCCAUUGUCAACGAAACGAUCACUGCCUGCGAUGGGAUGGACGGGCGUAUGGACGGGGUGGUGUCACGCUCUGAUCUCUGUAAGAUGCAAUUCAACCUCACCGAAACGAUUGGCAAGGGGUAUUACUGUGCCGCGGAUGGGGACGUCCCAGUGCAAAACUCGACCAUCUCGGCCCAGGCAGUCGAGGUAUUCGAGAAAAUCCUUGACGGAAUGACAGAUGAUGAUGGCAAGCAGGUGUAUCUAUCCUACCAGCCUGGGGCACUUUUCUGGGAUGCUCAAGCGACGUACAACACAACUUCAGGAAAUUGGGGCUUGGACAUCAACUCCAUGGGUGGAGAAUUUGUUACCAAGUUUCUGCAGCUUCUGGACAUUGAUAACCUCCCCACACUUGAGAACGUCACCUACGGGACGUUAAAAGAAUGGGUGCAGCAUGGCUGGCAAAUGUAUGAGGAUUCCCUGCACACCACGUGGCCGGAUCUGACGCCCUUCCACGAAGCGGGUGGCAAGGUGCUUCAUUAUCAUGGCGAGCAGGAUGGGAGUAUCCCAACAGCUUCCUCGGUGCAUUACUACGAUUCUGUACGUAGGACAAUGUAUCCUACUCUUGGGUACAAUGCGAGCCACGAGGCCUUGGGCCAGUGGUACCGCUUAUUCCUUGUCCCAGGAGCCUCGCACUGCAUGAACAAUGAUCUACAGCCAAACGGACCAUUCCCGCAGACCUCCCUCCAAACCUUAAUUGAGUGGGUGGAGCAAGGUGUUGUGCCAGUGAGGUUAAAUGGCACCGUUUUGAGUGGCGUAUUCGAAGGAGAGACCCAGGAAAUCUGCGCGUGGCCCCUGCGGCCGAUGUGGUAUGAGAAUGGGACUAGAAUGGAAUGUGAGUAUGAUCAGAAGUCUCUAAAGACAUGGGAGUGGGAUCUGGAUGCGUUUGAUCUGCCUGUAUAUUAG